UUCAUUUCCCAUUCCGUUCCCAGCCUUUGUGAGACAAAACAGGGGAAAAAAAAAAGAGAAAGAAAGAAACGGUUUUGUAUUUUUAUUUUAUUUUAUUUUAUUUUUGUAGAGAGAGAGAGAGAGAGAAUGUUGGGAGUGUUCAGCAGCUCGAUUGUGUCGCCACCGGAAGAGCUGGUGGCGGCCGGAAGCAGGACUCCUUCGCCGAAGAUAACGGCCGGAGCUCUGCUGAAGAGGUUCGUGGAGAGCAAGCCGUCGUCGGUGUCGGUGCAGAUCGGGGAGGAUGCGCAGUUAGCUUACACGCACCACAGCGAGACGCCAUGGCAACCAAGAUCAUUUGCUGUUAAGGAGGAGAUUUUCUGCAUGUUUGAGGGUGCCCUUGACAAUUUGGGCAGCUUGAAACAACAGUAUGGACUGGCCAAGUCUGCCAAUGAAGUUCUUUUGACCAUUGAGGCUUACAAAGCCUUGCGUGAUAGGGCACCCUACCCUGCCAAUCGCGUUGUUGGCCAUCUCAGUGGAAGCUUUGCUUUCAUUCUUUUUGACAAGUCCACCUCUACCCUCUUUGUAGCUUCUGAUCAAGCUGGUAAGGUUCCUCUGUAUUGGGGAAUAACAGCUGAUGGAUACGUAGCAUUUGCUGAUGAUGCUGAUAUUCUUAAAGGUGCUUGUGGAAAGUCACUUGCUGCUUUCCCUCAAGGAUGUUUCUACAACACAGCAGUUGGAGGAUUAAGAUGCUAUGAGAAUCCUAAGAACAAGAUUACUGCAGUACCAGCUGAGGAGGAGGAAAUCUGGGGAGCAACCUUCAAGGUAACAACAUGACACAAGUUUCGGUGGAGGGACCAGCAGUUGUUGCAGCUACAGAGUAGAUGUUUUUGUUGAAGUGGGGUUUCCACAUAAUGAUGUAUCAGAGUAAUGUGUUUAUGUGGUUAUCACUGCAAGGCAUGCAUGAGGGGCCAUGUAAAUACCCUUCCUUUGAAUGAUAAAUCAUAAAUGUGAGAAGAGUGCAUCUAGUAGUGUAACUUAAUGUGUUCCUGUAUCUUGUUCUUUAGGUUAGCCUUUUACUCUCUUUCCAUUGUACAGUGUAUGUAGCUCUUCCCCAUGUAAUAAAACUAUGCGUUUGGCUUGGGAUUCUGUAAUACUCUCAUUCCAUGUAAUGCAUCUUAACUUUAUUAUA